CGUUAACCAAACAUCGGGCCUAUAUAAGCACCACAAUUGUUCUUGAGUCCGUGACAAAUAGAAGUUGAGUCCCUGACAAGACAAUAUGCUGUUCGUUCUCGGAGUUUUGUGCUUUGCGGCCUUUGCCAACGGCCAGACACAAUGUGGCGGUAACCUGGUCCAGCCCAGCGGUGACGUGUACUCCCCGGGCUACCCUAAUGAGUACGGUGGGAACCUGGACUGUAUGUGGACCAUCCCGGCUCGCGGCGGCAGCGUUACAGUGGAGUUUAAGGAAUUCAUGAUCGAGGACCCAGAAUCUUUCCUCUUCUUUACUCAAUGCAACUUUGACUAUGUCGAGAUCAUCGUUGGGGACAGAUCCAGGGGAUACUAUUGUGGAACGGACAUGCCCCCCGCCAUCACGGCUACCCAGGACGUCCACAUCCACUUCGUGACGGACGAGCUCAUCAGCGGACCUGGGUUCCAAUUCUCUUACAGCGUCAUCCAUGGACUGGCCGGCGGCGGCCCUUGCGGAUCCCACCUGCAAGACAGCUAUGGCGUGGUCACAUCGCCAGGCUAUCCGAACAGCUACCAGAGCGACGCGGACUGCACGUGGACUAUCCACGGUAGUGGCCACACCAUCUCCCUGACUUUCACCGACUUCGCGCUGGAAGAUGGCGGCUUCUUCUCCGGCUGCCCUUAUGACUUUGUCGAGAUCUACGACGGACGGACAAAGAUUGGCACGUACUGUGGUACCGACAUGCCGCCGCGUCUGUUCACCGACAAUGACGUCAGAAUCAAGUUCCAGUCUGACGGAAGCGUCGAGGAGCAGGGCUUCCGGUUUGAGUACAGCAUUGAUCUGCCAGUCACUACCGCCACUACCGCGAAACCAGUGGAAACCACCACGAAGCCUGAUGGGAGCGGAGAGGGCAGCGGAGAAGACUUGAAUGAAGACAGCUUCCUCUUCUAAACAUCACAGUCAACAAGGGGCAAACCUGAAGCAGUUGGAUCUACCAAAUAACUGUUUGCUUUUGUUGGCCAUAAUAAAACUACUCUUUUGAUUAGAUAAUGUAAUUGAGUUUAUUGAA